UAAGUAAAAACGUGUACAUCCAUAUUUCUCCAUCUCCAAAACCUCCCCAUAUUUGUAUGUUUACCUCCACCUCUAAUUUCUCCCAAAACCCUUAUAAAAAACUCUUUUUAACACCUUGAAUUUGAUAAAGCUAAGUUAUUAAAUGAUGUAUAAUAGUAGUGGUAAUGAAUGGAGGAUGAUGGGGAAUUCUGAGGCGGUGAUGCCGGUGUUGUGGAGUCGGCAAGAUGACAAGAUUUUUGAAAAGGCUUUGGUGGAUUUCGCCGACGAGAUGGAGGAACACCGAUGGCAUAAAAUCGCCGAUCGGCUGCCUGAAAAGACUCCGAAUGAUGUCAGGGCCCAUUACGAGGCGCUUCUGCACGAUGUGUACGAGAUUGAUUCUGGUCGGGUCGACCUGCCGAGUUAUUAUGAUGAUGACUCAGACACGUUUGAGUGGAAUCAGGUUGAAUCGAAAAGGCAGGGUCAGAUCUCCUUUGGGUCGAGUGGGCAUAGAACGAAGAACGAGGUAGAAAGGAAGAAAGGAACACCUUGGACAGAAGAAGAACACAGGUUAUUUUUAAUCGGGCUCAACAAAUACGGCAAAGGUGAUUGGAGAAGCAUUUCUAGAAAUGUAGUGGUCACGAGGACACCAACACAAGUAGCUAGUCAUGCGCAAAAAUAUUAUCUUCGUCAAACAGCCGUGAAAAAAGAAAGAAAAAGGUCGAGCAUCCAUGACAUUACGACAGCUGAUAAUAGCGUAACGGUGCCUCCACCUGUCAAUCUCCCCAAUCAAGGAGGGUUUCAAGAUUUUAGCUUUCCCAUGCCAAGAUGAAGAAUUAAGAACCUAGAUAAUCCGCAUACACUACAGUUACCAGAAAUUAGCAGCUUGACUUGUAAAGUAAAUAUUUUUUUUAAGCUGACUGUUAGUUAGAGGAUCAGACAGGCAGAUUAGAGAGUAGUGUGAAUAAUACCUUCUCUUCCCUUUUUUAUAGGCGCACAAAGGAAUUUUAGUUGUAAAUAUAAAAGGGUAAUUACUAGUUAGAUACGGUUGAAGUUUGACACUGGAAUUGAUUGUAGUUGACGAAAUUCAAUUUUCUUUUCAUACUCUUCAUGUUUUGCAUUU